AUGGCACCCUUUCCUCCACCUCCCGUUAGCACCAUCGACUGGAGCAAUGUCGGCUUCAAAGUCCGCGAGGUCAACGGCCACAUCGAGUCCACCUUUCGCUACUCGUCCGGUUCGAACCCGACGUGGAGCAAACCACGCUGGGUCACCUCCCCCCACCUCUCCGUCCACGGCAUGGCGCCCGGUCUGAACUACGGCGUGCAGUGUUACGAGGGGAUGAAGGCCUUCCGCCAGCCCGACGGCAGCAUCACCAUCUUCCGCCCCGACCAGAACGCCAAGCGCAUGCAGCGGUCCGCCGAGUACAUCUCCGUGCCCGCCGUGCCCGAGGACCUGUUCGUGGAGAGCGUCAACCUCGCCGUGGCCCUGAACGCCGAGUUCGUCCCGCCCCACGAGACCGGCGCGGCCAUGUACAUCCGGCCGUUGCUGUUCGGGUCGAGCGCGCAGCUCGGCCUCAGCCCGCCCGACGAGUACACGUUCGUGGUCUUCGUGAUGCCGACGGGCGUCUACCACGGCGUGCACGCGGUCGACGCCCUGAUCCUCGAGGACUUUGACCGCGCCGCCCCCGAGGGGACGGGCAGCGCCAAGGUGGGCGGCAACUACGCGCCCGUGCUGCGGCACAGCGAGCGCGCCCGGAACGCGGGCUACGGCAUCACGCUGCACCUCGACAGCAAGACCCGGAGCGAGAUCGACGAGUUCUCGACCUCGGGCUUCCUCGGCGUGCGCCGGGACGGGGACCGGACCACCGUCGUCGUCCCCGACAGCAAGAACGUCAUCAAGUCCGUCACGUCCGAGUCCGCGUGCCAGAUCGCCCGGGACGUCUUCGGCUACGCCGUCGAGAGGCGGCGCAUCGCCUACGAGGAGCUGCCCGAGUUCAAGGAGGUCAUGGCGGCCGGGACCGCGGCCUCGCUGGUCCCCAUCAAGAGCAUCACCAUGAAGUCCCGCGGCGACACCUUCCACUACCCCGUGAACGACAAGCUCGAGCCCGGCCCCGUCUGCACCGAGCUCUUGACCACCCUGAAAGGCAUCCAGCAGGGCAAGGUCGAGGAUCAGUUUGGCUGGAACUUCACCGUCACUGAGCCUCCGCAGGAGUUUUCCAAGCAAACCACCGCCAACGGUGGUGUCAACGGCGGCGUCGAUCAAUUACCAUAAGAAACGAGCCCUCUAGUAUGUUGAUGGUACCUCCGUUUUCUUUCUGAUAGGUUCGGUAUCAAGGGGUAUGAACAAAAAGGAAGGUCAGGAAGCCACGGCCUAGACAAAGAACAAGAUCUUGAAAAAGGACAAAGCGGAUUGUACAUAUCACUCGUGAUGGAGCAAGGAGAAUGCCUCUGGAAGACCUAAAAUAUUAUUCAAGCUGCCAUUACUAAAAUACUUGCACAGCGGAUCCCAUAUGCUGUUCGGGAAUCUGUCAUGGUAGACUCAAGAUCCUGACUCUCAGCCCAAUACACCGCAUGUUUCCAGCUUGGGUAUCAAUAUCGUGAUU